AUGGCGGGGGCGCCGCAGCGCCGGGAGGGCCGCCUGGGGGGCGCCUUCUUCUGCCGGCCCUGCGUCGCCCUGGCCCGCGCCCUGCUGGGACAGGUGCUGGUGCGGCGCCUCCCGGACGGGCGGGAGCUGCGGGGGCGCAUCGUGGAGACGGAGGCGUACCUGGGGGGCGACGACACCGCCUCCCACUCGCGGGGCGGCCGGCGGACGGCCCGCAACGCCGCCAUGUUCAUGCAGCCCGGCACCCUCUACGUCUACCAGGUCUACGGCCUCUACUUCUGCCUCAACAUCUCCAGCCAGGGGGAAGGGGCGGCCGUCCUGCUGCGCUCCCUGGAGCCCCUGCAAGGCCUGGAGGCCAUGCGCCAGCUGCGCCAGGCCCAGCGCAAAAGCCCCGCCAAGCCCCCCAAGGACUGGCAGCUCUGCAACGGGCCCUCCAAGCUGUGCCAGGCCCUGGCCAUCGACAAGGCCUUCGACCAGGAGGACCUGGCCAGCGCCCCGGGCCUGUGGCUGGAGCCCGGCCCGGAAGCCCCCGCGCGAGACGCCCUCGUCUGCAGCACCCGCAUUGGCAUCAGCGGCGACUGGGCCCACAAGCCACUGCGCUUCUACCUGCGGGGCAGCAAGUGCGUGAGCGUGGCCGACAAGGCGGCGGAGCAGGCCUCGGGGCAGGCGGCAGAAGCGCCUGGGGGCGCAGGCCCUUGGAGCGCCACCUGA